UUUUUAUAUGUCUUAUCAAAUAUUCAGGUAUAAUUUUGAGGCAGUUCAGGUUCUAAAAUUGUAGAACCGUUGAUUGAUGAUCUUUAAUGGAAGCUCAAACGUUUAUAUUUCUCCUGGUCAUCUAAAUUUGAAUUUGUAUAAAUUUCGUGUUAGAAAGAUUUUAAUGUCUCUUUAUAGAAUUGAUCGGUAUGGUUACUUUAGUUCCUUUCGCGAAUCUCUUUGAAUAUUUUCGUUCAUGCUAUCUUGUGGGUUAUACUAUUGGCUAUUCAUUUAUGCGAAUAACUCUCUUGGGGAACUCUCUAAGAGCGAUAUAUUCUGCAUACAUUGAGACGAUUGUUAUAUCUAGAGACUGUGUAUUGUUUUUUGGUCGAAGAACUCAUCGUUCUCAUCUCAUCGACAUUAUUCACAGUUGCCUCUCCUGACCCUAUUUCUCUCUGAAUUUUUCUCUCAACCAACCAAGAGCCCCAUUUUUUAAUGUUAUCUCACACAAUCUAUAGCUCCCGGAGCUUUGUUGAUGGUCCAGCCCAUAAUAUCUCAUGUUGUUCACAUCGCAGUCUUUCAAAGGUGGCACAGUCUUUGUGUUCUGUACUAGUACUAGUUUCUAAAUAGACAAAAAUAUCUACAUUCUCUACAACCUCAACCUGUCAUAGAGAGAAGAACAAAACGAAAAGAAGUUAUCGAGUUAUAUAUCAGUUAUCGGGUUUUAUAAUAUGCUACUUAAGACAGGUCAUCGUGAAAGUUAAAAAAAUGAUUUCAGUGUCACAUCUUGCUUAAAGAACCAUUAUCUAACUGAGUGAGCUUUUAAGUUAUGUUUGUUUUGAAUACUUUAUCCGAACUAAUAUUCCACUAGAACCUUUGAUCUACCUACAUUCUCUCGUGUCAAUGACCGUGAAUGUGUACAUUCCGAUAUUUUACAUAACAUAACAGAUUGUGAAUACUGACAACUUUGCACUACACUCCAGCCUAUAUUUAAGUGAUUACAAAAGGGUGUGUGGCCGACAACAUUUACAACCAUUAGUGAUCAUUAAAGAAUUGUACUCCCUUUUUGCCGCUUAAGCAAUAACAAAAUUCUCGUAUUUCAAAGUGGAAACAAAUGUUUUCAACAACAACAAAAACAAAAAAUUCGCCUGCGCACCUUAAUCAAUAAAUCAUAGAGGCGCAAAUCUUGUAGCUAAACACUAACUGGGCAACUACUGUGAAACCUCAAGUAACAUAGACAAAGAGGAGGGCAAAGAACGGCGCAAAAGAGGCAACGCAAUUACUUAAUUACAAAGUGUAGGUACACGCGUAACAUCAAGCGGCAACAGAAACCAGCAUUUACAAGCCGAGUUCAAGAUAGACACUCACACACACAUGCCUACAUUGAAAUCAACGGCGAAAUCCGCACUCUGUGCACUAUUUUUAACUAAUGGUCUUUGUUGGGGCUAGCGCAAAAGAACCGCCAACCGACGUCGUAGCGGCAAGCUAACAAAUCGCUUUCAAUCAUAAUUUCCAGAAAAUUACAACAGUUCAUGAAUGUAAACAGCAAACAAAUAGCAAAAAAGCAGAAAAAGCAGAAAAAGCUUAAAAAGCGCUGACAAUAAUAAAGCAACAACUAUCUACAUACAAACAUACUUGAGCCACUUCACAGAUUAAAGCAGAUCAUAGUGAUCAAGCUGAACGCUUAAAGCACAAACGAUCAUUUGGUUUGACUGCAACAUUUUGCUUGCAACAUGUUGCCAGACACAUGUGUAAUCAAACUCAGUUACGAAAAGAAAUGCGAUGAAAUGAAACGGAAAUGAAAUUCGUGCAAGAAAGCGCCAAACUUGGUUAAACGCCGUUGGAGUGCCCAAAGAAAAGCGGACAGAGAGCGCAUGAGUGAGUGAGUGCUCGUGUAAGAUCACCGGCUCCACUCCGGUCGACUGUGUUGCUUUGGCUCCCAUUCACCGGCUCAACGUGAGUUGGCUUCAGUUUGAGUAAAAACGUGCCGGCGUGCGGUAACACCUGUCGGUUUGUGUCGCUAAUGCGUUGUUAAACAAAAUAUUGUUAAAUUGUUAUUACCGGUUAAAGUGUCUUAUCGCGAGUGAAGGCCCAUAGCGGCUUUUGAUUGUGCUGGCAUUCAAGUUGAAUGUUUGCUGAAGCAUCACUUCAAUAGACAGUUUAUUAUUGGAGAAAAAAUAAAUAAAAAUAAAGUGGAAUAAAAAAUACAAACAAAUAAAUAGCCGAAUCUUAUAAAAGGUUCUAUACAAAAGCAACUCAACAAAACUUCGUCAUACUUAAUAAAAAUAUGUGUGGAAAUUGUUUUGAAGCCGAAAAAGUGCAACAAAAAUACUAUAACAUAAACAGUGACUUGUGAAAAAUUGCUACGACUGCAACAACAACAACAAAUAAAAAAUAAAUAAGUAUAAAAUCAAACCUCCGCAUUAAAUUCUUCGACAACAACUACAUCUGCGAGGGAUUAAAACAAUUCCAGCAUAUAAAAGGCAAUAAUAACAAUACAGCCGAACAGCAACAACAAACAACAAUAAUAACAACGACAACACGGAAAUAAUACAAAGUGAUGUGAUUGUAACGCGCCAAAAAGCAAGCGAUACAAGUCAAACAUAGAACAACAAAAAAGCAAAAACAACAACAAGACAACACAACGAUUCUGCAAGCAACUUGUGGCAGCCACAUAUUGUUGUUGUAUGCGUUGUACGCGCUUGACGCUUGCAGACAAGCUGUAUGCAUUCCCCAUUUUGGCAAAGUGUUAAAGGUGCAACACACCGAAAAGAGUUUACAAAAAAUCAAUGAAUGAACCAACAGUGACAAUAAACAGAAGCAGCAGCAGGACAAAGGCGCAUAAAUACAACGAUAUAAUUAUACGAAAAACAAAGCAGGCAACUGGGCAACAACAAGAAAGUCGAAAUGUAAAAAGUACAAAAUAAAGAAAUAAACACAAAAUAACAACAAGAAGAGAAGAGGACGAUAACUUUACUUGUUUGAAAAUGAAAAGAAAAACAUAAAAGUUGGCAAGAACUAAAAACUAAAGCUUUAAGACAACAAAUAAAAGAAAAAAGUUAAAAUAACAAAACAACAACUAAAACAAAGUCAGCUAAAGAAGCGCAGAGAAAAAACUUGCAACAGUAAUUGCUGAUAUACCUGCAACACAACCAAAUUACUAUAGCAACAAGCAACAACAGCAAUAAAAAUCAGCAAUAACAACACCAACAAGUACCUACAUACACACACGAGCGCACUGAGCACCCUGCAUAGACAACAUGGAGAACAUGUCAUCAUCAAUUGAACCGGUGCCGGUGGUGCCGCGCACCGCCAAUUUGCUGGCAUGCAAACAAUGGUGGCGCGUCUGCUUCUUAUAUGGCGACCAGCAGAAGUACUACCGCCAAGUCUACAGCAAAGCGGCGGCGCAACGGUUGGCGCUCUCCACUGGCGGCACGCUAACCACCGGUGGCUUUCCAACGGACAACGACAACGAUAAUGACAACGAAAAUGAGACGCACAGUGGCAAGGACAGCGGCUGUAGUGGCAGCAUGCAGACCGCGGACUAUGAUACGGUGGCUGGCGAUUUUAUCGAAACGCAAUUAGACGACGCAGAUGCUAACGAAAUAACAGCAACAACAACAUCAAUUACAGAUACUACCUUAGCAGAUGCGAUCAACAGCAGCGAUAUGGUUAAAAACCAUAAUCAGGAGUUGAACAAACUGACAGCCACCAAGAAGAAGAAGAAACAGAAGGCUAAAGAAGGUGACGAGCAAGCGCCAGCAGUGGCACUCUUUCCUUCCAAAUAUCAGACAACGAAUGUCAAUGCGACCGAGUCACCAGCAACGAAUACGCUCUUCAAUACAACUAGCCGAGGAAAAAAGUUGCUGCGCUCGCUGCGUGUGCACGUCGGGAAGAGUCGGCAUAAAGGGGCGUCGGACACGCACGAACAGCCCGAAAGCGAAGCCACUAAAGGUAAUGCCAAAGUCACUGUGCUCGACGACCCAUUCCUUUUCGGCAUUGACGCCGAUCAUUUGGGUGAUUUGGUGCGCGGCAAGCAAUAUGCGCCAAACACCACCGAACACAUUUCCAAAUAUUAUAAUACUUAUCUGGAACAAGAGCAGCUCGCGUUGGAUGCGCAUGGCGAUGCGCAGUUGGAUUUCGGUCAACAUUUGUCUACUGGUCCCUCAACACCCGUGCAAUACGGUUCCAUGUCGCAUGAGCCGGACGCGGAGCCAAAGCCGGCGUUGCCACCGAAAAAGAAGAAGCAGAGUAAUUAUGAGUCUCUAAGUGGUUUAAUGAAUGGUGGUGGUCUCGUUGAUGGGGGCACCUCCGAACUGCAGUUGAAUGAGAGUGAUUUGCAAUUUUUGAAUUUGAAUAUGCGCAAUCGCAGUUUGCCGCGCAGCAUGAAACCGUUCAAGGAUGUGCCGACCGACAUUAGUUUCACAUUCACGGAGGCGAAUGGUGAUGCUGCGUCACCACCACGUGCAGCGCCGUUGCAGAAGAGCGCCACCUGUGAGCGUGAUAUGAAUUUGGUUGCGCAUUUGAAGCGAGAGGAGAGCGAUGAGCCCAUCAGCCGCACGCCGCUCACACAGGUCUCCUAUCUGCAGAAGAUACCGACACUGCCGCGUCACUUCUCGCCCAGCGCAGCAGUCGCAGCCGGUGCCGGUGGAAGUGGCAGCUUAGGAGGCAUUGGUGGACCAGGUGCACCAUCAGCACUACUCGCGGGCAGCGUAUUGCCCAGCAGCUCGUCGGCGAGCGCUUUAUAUAGUCCGAAUGCGACCGGUUUGCCGACAUCACCGCUGCCGUUGCAGCGUCAGUUUCAUCACGCGCCACCACCGCAACAUGCUCAGCAGCCACAACAACUGCAACAUCAACCGCCAUUGCCGCCACUACAUCCUCAUCAAUUGCAUCCACAACAAUAUUUGCCACCACAUCACCAGCUGCCACCGCCGGCGCCGCCGCAUGCCGCUACCUCCACCGUCGGUCUGCUGGCGCAUCAUCAGCCACAACAGUAUUCGCCGGCGCAUUCGGCGCACUCCUCAUCCUCCAAGUACUCCAGCUCAUCGCUGAAGCAUCAACACCAACAACAGCAACAACAACAACAUGGCAUGCCACCUCAACAUGCGCCACACCAGCUGUCGCCGGCGAUUUCAUCACCUUCACCGCCCUCACUGCUACAUCAUCCAUCGUCAGCACAUGCGCCCUUCGCGUUGGUCGGUCAUCAGCAGCUCGACAUGCAGCGGCAUUCGCACUCCGAUGAUGACAGCGGUUGCGCGCUGGAGGAGUACACUUGGGUGCCGCCCGGUCUGCGACCCGAUCAGGUACGCUUGUAUUUCUCCCAAAUACCCGAUGAUAAAGUGCCAUAUGUGAACAGUCCGGGUGAACAAUAUCGAGUGCGACAAUUGUUGCAUCAACUUCCGCCGCAUGAUAAUGAGGUUCGUUACUGUCACUCAUUGACGGAUGAGGAACGCAAGGAACUUCGCCUAUUCUCCACACAGCGCAAACGUGACGCUCUCGGACGUGGCAAUGUCAGGCAGCUGAUGAGUGCGCGCCCCUGUGAUGGUUGUGACGAAUUGAUUUCCACCAGCGACAUCGCAGUGUUCGCUACACGCCUGGGUCCGAAUGCCUCUUGGCAUGCCGGUUGCUUCAUUUGUUGCAUUUGCCAUGAGCUGCUAGUCGAUCUCAUUUACUUUCAUCGCGAUGGCCGCCUGUAUUGUGGACGUCAUCAUGCGGAGACAUUGAAGCCGCGCUGCUCAGCCUGUGAUGAGAUAAUCCUUGCCGAUGAAUGCACCGAGGCGGAAGGACGUGCCUGGCAUAUGAACCACUUCGCGUGUCAGGAGUGCGAGAAGCAGCUGGGCGGUCAACGUUACAUAAUGCGCGAGGGCAAACCGUAUUGUCUGCUCUGCUUCGACGCGAUGUUCGCCGAGUACUGUGACUACUGCGGCGAGUCCAUUGGUGUGGAUCAGGGUCAAAUGAGCCACGACGGCCAGCAUUGGCAUGCGACGGACGAAUGUUUCUCUUGCAACACAUGUCGUUGUUCGCUGUUGGGGCGCGCCUUCUUGCCGCGUCGCGGUUGCAUUUACUGUUCGAUUGCCUGCAGUAAAGGUGAACCGCCCACACCAUCGGAUAGUUCGGGUACUGGCAUGUACACCACACCGACACCGCCGACCCAACGUGUGCGGCCGCAGACGCGCAUACCCAGCAGUCAUGCAUCGAGUUCACCGCCAAUGUCACCAAUGCAACAACAGCAGCACCAACAGAGCUUCAAUCAGGCGAUGUAUCAGUUACAGAGCCAACAGAUAGCGGCGGGUAUAGUUUGUGCGGGCACGAGUGGUAGCUUAAACCCCAGCGGUGUGGAUGUUAGUGGUGAUAGAGUGGGCGACAGUACUGCGGCGGCCAGCGGUGCAGGUGACGUGACGCUUAGAGAUCCAACGAAACAGAGCUACCCCACAUCAGAUUCUGACGGCGGUGUAGUCAAGGAUAUGGAGCUUGCGAUUGGCAGCCGCAGCGCUGGUGACUUUACAGAUUUUUCAGGCGGCGCGCCAUCAUCGUCCUCACAGAAUCUGUCACCAAUGCUUUCACCCGGCGAAUACACACAUUUGAUGCCGCAACCGAUGGAGCUGAAGUCUGAGGCAGCUUACAAUUUCAACGAAAUGUCACUCAACUUAGACGCCGCUUGGCCUAGUAAGCCGCCACACACUGGUUCACAUACAUACAACCUACCGCGUCAUAUGCAACAUGUCUCGAAAAUGGAGAGCUCUAUGACCUCAAGUAUGCCUGAACUGACUGGCCGACCGUCCACACAGGGGCCGCAAGCUGGCGCACACACUACCUCGCAGCAAUUCGCUCAAGAUUAUGGUGAUCCGAUCACUUCACCACUACCCUCCGAUAUCGGUGAGCUACCCACACCCAAUUUGUCAGUGGCGUCGACUGCGCUGCCGCCCGAACUGAUGGGCUCACCCACGGCAUCAGGCGGUGAGCGCUCAAUUACCUCGCCACAAUCAACGCAAUCCGGUCAGCCGCCCAUACAUCCAGUAUCCAUACUCAGCGGCGCAUCAUCAUCUUCACCGAUGAGCGGCGCGACAGGAGAAGUUAAAAAGAAGGGUGUACGCUUUGAAGGUUUACCACCAGAAAAUCUUCCGCGCUCACGCAGCUACUCCGGCAAUGGCGCGGGCACUGGUGGACGUGACCGUGAUCGGGACCGCGACCGCGACCGAGACCGAGAUCGCGAUCGUGAUUGCAGCAGGAGCAAAGACUGCUGCAGCAGUGAGCGUUCUUCUGGCGGUCAUCAUUCUUCUCGACGCAGACGUCGUCGCAAAUCAUCGGGUCAUCGCAGCAACGGUUAUCGUUCGCAUUCCACAACGCGUGCCGACACCUACGUGACAGCACAACCGCUGUCCUCCUCCUACCAAGGUCCACCAUCGGUGCUGCAACGCGCCUCUAGCACAAACAGCGCAUCUGCAACACUGCCUAACACACACUGUGGUGACGAAGAAUCCGAUGACGCCUCGAGUGUUUGCUCAACUUGCUCGUCAUCUUCGUCCUCCUCCGAAGACUAUAUGAUGUAUCAAUUGCCGCAGCGGCGACAUUAUGGCGGUGUGCGCGUCAGCUAUGUUCCCAACGAUGCGCUCGCCUACGAUCGCAAACGGAAACCGGCGGAUAUGAGUGACAAGGACAAGAACUGUGUUAUUUCGUGAUGUGUUGUUGUAACGUUGUUGUCGUGCGUGUGAAGUGAAGUGACGCGCGUACGCACGCGGUUGAGCGGCUUCAACAGCCAUUAAGAGUUGUCAGUCAGCGAAGAAGUGGAAAUGGGCGUCAGCGCCGCUGGCUACCAAAAGCCUACGAGAUUCAAACAAAAACAAAAAGUACAACAAAAUUUAAAUAUAAAACGUAAUUAAAAAGAAGCAACAAUUAUUUAAAAUUAUAGAUAUAUUUUUAUGGCUUCCAGUCACACACUAAAGCAAAGCGACGGCGGCGGGUAUCAAAGCGUUGGCAUUUACCAUCUGACAUAAUUAAUGAAUUAAAUAUUGCUGUAGUGAUGAGUUGGAAGAGGAAAUUAAAGUGUAAUUGAAAAAAAAUUAAUUAACAUGAGCUGGUGCUGAAGUAGUGAAGCUAUUAACAUUUCAUACGUUGAUAUAUAAAGAAAUAAAUUAAUUGGGAAAAAUAAUUUAAAAUUUAUUAAAAUCUUUUAAAUUUCGAUUAAAUUAUUUAAAUUAUCAAAAUUGUUUUUAAUUAAUUUGAUU